AUGAAUUUUUACCUAUUUGGUCGUUUUGGUUUAGUAAUUUUGUAUAUUACAUUAAUUAGAGAAAAAUUGGUAAAAGCACAAGAAAUCCACUUGCCGCCAGGGCAAGAAUGUCAAAUGACGCCUGUUAUUCACGUGCUUCAACAUGCUGGUUGUGUACCAAAACCAAUACCAUCUUAUGCUUGCAUCGGAAAAUGUACCAGCUAUGUGCAGGUGUCUGGUAGCAAAAUUUGGCAAAUGGAGCGAUCGUGCAAUUGUUGUCAAGAAUCAGGUGAAAGAGAAGCAACAGUUGUGUUAUUCUGCCCAAAGGCCAAAAGUGAAGAAAAGAGAUUUCGAAAGGUGACUACUAAGGCUCCUUUAGAGUGCAUGUGUCGUCCUUGCGGUACCGUAGAAGAAAGUGCCAUCAUACCGCAAGAAAUAGCUGGUUAUUCUGAUGAAAGCCUACAGAAUCACUUUAAGAAAGCUUAUUAA